AUGGGACCAGUGGGCGUUACGACAUCGGACUACUCACAAGCAGACGACGGGAGACGUGACCCAGUUACAACAACGGCUCUCAUUAUUGGCGGGGGCGCCACAGGACUUCUUGCUUCAAUACUACUUGCACGAAAUGGCAUUGAUAGUAUUGUCGUGGAGAGACAUGAACAAAGGCUGGGUCAGCCAAAGGCACACGCUAUCAACCCUCGUUCAUUAGAGAUAUUGAAGCAAGCUGGUAUCGAUACGAUCGCUCUUCGAGGAAUGGGCAUGUCUCCAAACGAUGGUGAUAUGGUCCGGUUUGCUACCAGCUUGGAUGGCCUUGAAUUUGGCAGCCUGCCGUACGAAAGACAAGGAGAUGAUACCAAAGCAAUCACACCGGAGCCAUUGUUCAAUAUUUCUCAGCCUGUAUUCGAGCAAGCUCUCACUGAAGCAGUUGAGACCUACAAAAUGUGUUCUCUCAAGAAACUGGCUCAGUUCAACGCUACUUAUCCCUGUGAAGAAGAAGAUGGAGCACAGAAACGAUGGGACUCCUCUAUCUUUGACAAAAAAUCGAACAAGGACUUCAUCAUCAGAAGUAAAUAUAUCUUGAUUUGCGAUGGGGCUAGUUCAACAUCACGGGCCAAGUUUGGAAUUCCUUUUUCUAUAAUGCCAGGCCAUUCUGCAGAGGUAUUCCAUAAUGUUUCGAUACAUUUUGAUGCCGACCUAAGGCACUUCAAGAGUGGCACUUUAUGGUUCUUCAUGCGAGAGAGCCAAAGAGGGACCAUGAUAUGCUAUAACAGACAAGAUAGUUGGGUGUACGUAGUGCGUCGCCAGCCCGAAGAUGAACCUACAUCAUUGUUUACUGAAGGUUACUGCAGAUCCAUGAUUGACGAUGCUAUUGGCCAAAUUGUCCCAUAUAACGUGCUGUCUAUCACGCAUUGGACAACUAUGCCUCAAGUUGCAGAAUACUACCGCUCAGUGGCUGUACCAGAAGCCUUCAUUCUUGGUGAUGCUGCACACGCGUUUCCCCCAACUGGAGGCUUGGGACUUAACACAGGUAUUGCCGAUGCUCACAACUUGGCAUGGAAAAUGCGGGCGGUAGAGGCUGGGUGGAGCAGUCCCCGUAUCCUCGACUCCUACGACCGAGAAAGAAGACCCAUUGCAAUUGCCAACGGUCAUCAAAGUCAGAUCAAUCUUCGCAAUCUUCAUGAGCUACUGGCGAGGACUUUUGCCCCGGAGGCGACAGAUGACCAAUUGAUGAACGACGUGAAGAUUCACCGGCUUUUAAGGAGCGCGAUCGAGAAGAACAGAGACCAUUUUGAUUCGAUCAACCUACAGAUAGGGACCUUUCAGGUUGCUCUUCCUUCGACUGACUCCCACCUGGUCUUUGCUUCCUCGGUCCUCGCACUUCGAGGUAGCACAGUACAGGAACAACCAUUGGUAGAUAAGAAAACUGGCUGUAUCUUCUGCUGGAAUGGGGAGGCCUGGAAAAUCGGUGGCAAGAACGUUUUCGGCAAUGAUUCCAAAGAGGUCUUCAGCUUACUACUAUCUGCUUCGUGUUCGCCAGAACCUGCGACGUCUCGAGAGAUAUCUAGGGCACUCAGCGACAUAGCUGGCCCAUUUGCUUUUGUAUUUUACAAUGCCCUCACUUCCACCAUUUACUAUGGACGAGAUAGGCUAGGCCGUCGUUCUCUUCUGAUCGACACUUCAUCAAUCAGACUGCAAUCGCUGACUUUAGCUAGUGCUGCAACAAGAAUGAGCCCUUCGGUCUCAGAAGUUACAACUGAUGUCAUUCACUCGGUUUCACUAGCCACAGGGAACUUUGAACUGGACAGGGUGGCUUGGCAACCGUCAAGCUUCUUGCUCAACAAGUCACUAGCCUCAGGACUAAUCGUUCCAGGGAGCCCGUCCCCUGCCUCCAGGGAGAAACUCCGCAUUUAUUUAACGGAUGCUUUACAACUACGAGUCAGAGAUAUUCCUGAUCACUCUCAUUGUCAGAUAAGUACAGGCGCUGCUAAAGUUGCUGUUCUAUUUUCGGGUGGUCUCGAUUGCACUCUACUUGCACGCAUCACACACAGCCUCCUCCCCUUAGAUGAAGCUAUUGAUCUGAUCAAUGUAGCUUUCGAGAAUCCUCGAUCUAUGGCAGCCAGGACAGGACCCCCAGUAUCUCCCUAUGAAUUAUGCCCUGACCGUGUCACCGGCCGCUCCAGCUACAAUGAACUCACCCAAGUAUGCCCUGAACGAAACUGGAGAUUUGUGGCCGUCAAUGUUCCCUUUCUCGAAGCUAUGUCUCAUCGAACAACGAUUGUACAGUUAAUGUAUCCUCACAAUACUGAAAUGGACUUUUCUAUCGCCAUGGCACUAUAUUUUGCUGCUCGUGGUCAAGUCGAGGAAGGUUCAGACUUCGAAGAACCUUCCAAAAGCCAAGCAACCAGAGACAACUAUACAGCACGGGUACUACUCUCCGGGCUAGGAGCAGACGAGAUUUUUGCCGGGUACUCUCGUCAUGCUGCUGCAUUUGCACGUGGGGGGUUCUCCGACUUGGUCAACGAACUCGAGCUUGAUUUCAACCGCAUAGGAUCCCGCAACUUGGGCCGAGACGAUCGCAUGAUGAGCUAUUGGGGAAAAGAAGUUCGUUAUCCGUACCUAGAUGAAGACUUUGUUCAUUUCGCCCUUGAUCUUCCUGUAUGGGAAAAGGCUGGCUUUCGGACUGGAAAGCCAAUUCCAAAGCAAGACGAAGCAACCAAGACCGCCGAUCACUCCGACGACCUUGAGCCGGCCAAAAUGCUCCUGAGACUUCUAAUGUGGGAUCAAGGCAUGAAGCAUGCUGCAUCAGAACGUAAAAGAGCGAUCCAAUUCGGUGCCAAAACAGCCAAAAUGAGCGCUGGCAAGGGGAAGACAAGAGGCACUGAUCUUCUAGAUUUUAGGCCCUGA